AAAACCCCACAAAAACCCUAUAAAAUCCCAUCCAGGUACCUGAGGAACUACGUCUCGGACCUGUUUGCGGGCGCCUGGGAGCCGCGGGAGCUGAGCCCGCUGCCCCUGAGCCUGCCCCGAGCCAGCCCCAAGGAGGUCCAGCUGUGCUCGGAGCUGCUGAGCCGGGCCCAGCGGCCGCUGGUGCUCGUGGGCAGCCAGGCCCUGCUGCCCCCCACGGAGCCCGAGGAGCUGCGCGCGGCGCUGGAGUCCCUGGGUGUCCCCUGCUACCUGGGGGGGGCGGCGCGGGGGCUGCUGCCCCCCGAGUGCCCGCUGCUGCUGCGGCAGAACCGCCGCGACGCGCUGCGCGACGCCGACCUGGUGCUGCUGGCAGGGACCGUCUGCGAUUUCCGCCUGUCCUACGGGCGCCUCUUCGGCCGCGGCACCGCCGUGGUGGCCGUCAACCGCGACCGGGAGCAGCUGCUGCGCAACUCCGACGUCUUCUGGAAACCCCGGCUGGCCGUGCAGGGUGAGGCACUUGGGGACACAAAUCGGGACUUUGGGGACAGAAAUGAACCGGUUUGGGGUUGGAAUGAACCGGGACAGGAGGCCGAGAGCGGCACCGAGAGCAGGAACCGGGCCAAGGCGGCGGUGUCCCCCCCGUGUCACCUGAACCCCCUGGCCGUGCUGCAGGCCCUGGAGCAGGUCCUGCCCCCCCAGAGCAUCCUGGUGGCCGACGGCGGCGACUUCGUGGCCACGGCCGCCUACAGCGUCCGGCCGCGGCGGCCGCGAACUGUGUGGGUGCUGUUCGGGGACGGCUCCCUGGGCUUCAGCCUGAUGGAGUUCGACACCUUCGUGCGCCACAAGCAGCUGCCCCUGCUGGGCAGCGCCGUGGGCUGCGGGCUGGCCUACAGCGAUUACCACGCGGUGGCGGAGGCGCUGGGCGGCCGCGGCUUCGUCGUGGACAGCGCUGGGGACACCGCGGGGGAUGGCACAGGGGACACCGCGGGGGACGUCCAGGCCAGGGUGGUGGCCGUGCUGAGGGCGGCGCAGGCCGAGUGCCACCGAGGCCACCCCGUGCUCGUCAACGCCCUGCUGGGCCCCAGCGACUUCCGGCAGGGCUCCGUGUCCGUCUGAGGGACACCAAAUGUCACCAAGGGUCAUCAAAUGUCACCAGAGUGUCAUCAAGGGUCACCAAACGUCA